AUGCCAGGAAAGGGCGGAAAGACGGGCAAGGGCCGGAACCCCGGUCUCUGGACGGGCAAUCAGGAGACGAAGGCCGACCCCGCCCUUCUCUUCCUUUCUAUUGCAGCAGGGCCUUUGUUGCAGGUAACCAGCUUCUUCAGCGCGAAAGGAGCGGGUGGCCCGGAAGCAGGCAAAGGCGAAAAGCCGAAGAAGGGCUUCCAGAAAGGCAUGUGGACUGGGUUCGAACAGAACCAAGACCAGGUGACCUGCUUUGUGGAGGCCGCGAUUCCCAACCUCCACGGGUUGGCGGACCCUGUGCGGGUCGUUCUUUUCGUUCCGUAUGCCAGGCUUUGCUGCCGAAUGCCCACAUUGACUGACCGGCACAGUUUGAGAGCGACAGAUCGGGGCUCUGGCGACUUCUACAGCAUAGCGCGGCAACUGCGCCAGGAUUUCCCAGCCUUUCCAGGCGAUUUGUUAGUGUCCCUUGUUGUUGACGAGAUUGAUGUGAAGGCCAGCAAGUCGUCGCAGGCUCGAUUCGCACCACGGGUACAAGUCUCCAUAAGCAAGGAAGAGCACGUUGUCUUGAAGUUCGUGGAUGAUGCCGGUUGGGAGGAGGAGUACUGCUCUGAUGGCUACUGUGAAACAGAUGUCGAAGAGAUUUCAGGGAAGUCUUCCCAGAACCAGACGAGGCUCACACGCUCUGAGAUGAGAGGUGAGCCAGACUCAGGCGGCGAUCAGGACGAGCUGGUGGCGGAACUGCUGCCUGACAUCCUGAAGGUGCAAGAGAACGCGCAGAGCGAGACCUCUCGUUCCAGUGCAGAGGAGGAGGAGUCCCGCCCUGCCGAUCCUGUGGAGACUGAGACUCAAGGACCGUUGCCGGACUCUGACAUAAAGGAGGAUGCGAGCCGCGCAGCCGAAGAGUGUGGGAAGGUGGUUGCCGCUGCAGACCGGCCGGUCCAGGCGGGGACGUUGGUUUUUCGAAGGCCUGCGCAGCUGUCAGUGCUGCACUGCGAGCAUGUGUCUCAGAAGCUCGCGGUCUUGCUGCGAGAGCCCUCCACGGCCCUGGCCGCCUUGAGAGGCAUGAUCAGCUUGCACGAAGAAGUUGGUCGCGUCGGACCCCCAGCAGCGCAGAGCUUUGAGAUGUCGCUCCCUUCUGUCCCAAGCUGUGCUCUUCUGGUCCACAAGGUCCGAAACCUCCCGGUGCUGUUGGACAAGUUCGGGAGCCGGCAGCGAGAUGUGCAGGUUGCUGCAGAAGAUGCAGCAGAGACGCUCAUCGCGAGACUGAACCCGCGGCCAGACUCCUCCCGUAGGGGAAAGCGUGGCUCUCCAAGCAGACGCAAGGAGCCUGUCAACAUCAUCCAUGGCAGCAAUGAGCCAGCACCAAUUGCAGGCUCGGUUUUGUCGGGGCCCGGGCAAUUCCGGAACUAUGCUUCCGAUGCGCGGUACACGGAGAGCGACCCACUCCGCCAAGCAGAGCCUAAGCACACCAGCUCGAUGCCGUAUUCCCUUGGGCCAGCGUCCAACACCUCGAGCUUCCGGACACUGGACAUCGCGAAGGCCAAUGAGCAGCGACAUAACUGGACAAAGAUUGACACCUUCCUGACACCAGCUGGGCAUUCAGACUUCGAUUCUUUCGGGCGUUCUCCUCGAAGGGGCACUAGCCCCUCCCGCCACGAGGCCAGUGCCAGAAGCAUUCUCGCCGAGGAGAUGUGGACCGAUCUAUCGUCGAAGCUGGAUCAGCUGCGGGUCCAGAUCAAUCAAGAUACUCAAAGCUUGCUUGAGCCUCUGCAGAAGGAAUUGGAUUCUGAGAUCUCGAAGACGAAGGAGAUGGUUCAGACUGUCCGAAACGACAACCUCAAGGCGUUUGAGGAGAUUAGGCGGCUUCGGUCGAUGGAGCAGCACAAGCACAUGCUCCAAGCAUAUCCCGCGCCCGUCGAGAAAGACGUUCUGGAAGCAGAGUUCAAAAACACCAACGGGUCGAUUCAGGCGCUGUCGGAUGCCGUCUCGCAGAUAGGCGAGGAAAUCUCGAAUCUGAAGGCCAACGAGCUGGCCUUGGGCAAACCGAGCCGGACCUCCAGCGGCCGACGAAUGCUUUCCUCCGCGCCCCAAGUGCCCCCAGAGACGAAAAGCUUGAACAAGUCCGAUCUGGACGACAUGUUCCAGACAGUUCGUGACAUGGUUGCGGACAUCGACUUUUCUGAGCUAUUGGAGGGAGUGAAGGAGAUCAUCCCGGUGGCGGCUUUCAGAGAAGCGUUCGCUCGAACGGAGGCACGUCUCUCCGAGAUGGGCGAAGAGAUUCGAAAGCUGCACGAAGAGGUCCAAGACCGACAGGUAGAGGUGGACUUCCAGCCUGUGCUGGAGGCUGUUGCUGCAAAUGACGACCUGCGCAGCUCCACCGAACUGAUGUUGAACUCGGUCGAGGAGUUGAAGGCGCAGAUAGCAACAGAGUUCGAAACCAUACCAAGUAUCGUAUGGGCUCGGCAACCUGCCAUCGACUUUAGUCCCGUGCUGGAGUGCAUCAUCGAGAACAAAGUGGCCGUGGACCUCUCGCCAGUGCUGACAGCCGUGAACGAACUGACACUGCAAGAGGACAUGUCCAAGCAGUUCGCUGCCAUUUUAGAGGAGAUCGAUCGCAAACAGGGGCAGAUCGACUUCUCUGAAGUGCUGGACGCCAUCCGCACAACGAAGAUGAAGGUAGACUUCGCCCCGGUGCUGUCCAGCAUAGAUGAUGCUGCAGAGACCACUUGCCAGACGGUUGCUGAAGGACUGAAGACUUCCUUGAACCCCUUGGCAGAGUCCAGCGCGAGCAUCUUGGAAAUGUUGCAGGAGAAAUCACAAGACCAGUCCGUCAAAACUGGUCUAGCUGGUCUGAAGGACACGACCGCACGGCUCUCGCAGCAGUUCUCCAUUCUGUUGCAAACCGUCUCGGAAGAGAAGGAAGCCAAGGUGGACUUCUCUCCGGUGUUGGAUGCCAUUGCAGACAACAAGGUGCACAUCGACUUUACAGAAGUCCUUGCAGCCAUCAAGAAGCAUGGCGACACCACCGAGAUUACCGAGGACAUCACCCGCCUCGUCAAGCACGUUCAGGAGAUGAAAGUACAAGUUGACUUCACGCCAGUUCUUCGAGGCCUUCGAGAUGUGAAAGUAGACACAGUUUUCGAAGUGCUGAAUGCCAUUCGCGACCAGCGAACAGACAUUGGAGAGCUGAAAGACGGCUUGGUCCGGCACUUGGAGGAGGUGCAAAGCCAUCUGCGGGGUUUGCACGAAGGUUUGCACUCCGAGUCCAAGGAGGCUCUCACGUCCCAAGUGAUGGAGGCUGUGCGGUCGGUGGAAAUCAAGAUCAACCUUGCUGAGAUCCUCGAUGGCCAAGCAGCGCAAAAAGUCCAUCUGGACCAGUGCCUCCAGGACAUGCAGGAACGGCUGGAAACCGACAUCAAGCUCAGCUUGGACCAAGUGCGCGACUUUCUCGGGUCCCUGCAGCAAGACGAGCAACAGCUCGCCGCUAAAUUCGACAACGUUGCGGCGGCGGUCAAGGGUCUGCAGGAGAUGCCGCAGCCUGACUUCUCGCUCAUCAUUCAAGCAAUUCAGGAGAAACAGUUCGCUUUCGACGAUGCUGCUAUCCUUCAUGCGCUUGAAGACCAGGCCGUCGGUCAGGAGCAGAUGCACGAGGAGCUGAAGGAAACAGUCACCAGCUGGCAUAGGCACGCAGAGGCCUUGAAGAUGGUGAUCCGGGAGAGAGUAGACAGCGUGCUCAAAGCCGUCUCCGCAAGUGGAGAAGCCGCAGACAUGCUUUCGCUGCGCACCGAUGUCUCCCAGGUGCUGGAUGAACUGAAGCGCUAUGUCACCAAAGAGGACCUGGAAGAGCAGUACUCGAACCUCCUACGGUCCAUCGAGGCGAUGCAGAUCCAGCAGAUGGAGUCGCAGAGCUCCCGGAUGCUCACGAUAGACCUCGAAAGGAGGGUGUCUGACACCAUGGAGGCGCUCCAGGAGCAGAAGGACAGCGACCGCGCGGUGCAUACGGUCGUGAAGGAGCAGAUGCACAAGUUGAGACAUGACUUCCUCUCGAAGUUUCAGGCCAUGUGGGAUGCUCAGGAGAAGGACCGCAGCUCUGCAGCGACUCUUCUCGAAGAGCAGAUACAACGUCUGAAAGCUGAGCUAUCCGGGGAUGUUUCGGCGCAUCUACGCAUGGAUGUGCAGAAAGUGCACGCCGACUUAUUGCCACAGCUCCAUGAUUUUCAGACCAACUUCCUUGCGCAGUUCAAGGAUGUCAAAGUCCAAGUGGAUCACUCGGAGGUGCUCCAAGCGAUCCAAGAGCAGGGCAAGGAAUCAAAGCUCGAAAGCUCUGUCGCGCAAGUGCUAAGUGCGAUCCGCUCACAGCCUGCCAGUACGGAUUUGACGCCAGUUCUAAACGGCAUUCGCGAGACACAAGAGCUUACCCAGGGGCUCAGCUAUUCGCUUCGCUCCUGGCGUGCGGAAAUUGCAGCAAACGUGCAUGCACCUGGCAGCAGUGACACAAACGACCAUGUUCAGCCCCCGGCAGUGUCUUGGGAGUCUCACGAGGUGAUGUCUGAUAUGCUGAGUGACAAGCUGAGCCAUCAGACUGCUGCAAUGCAGCAGUUUCUGCAAAACAUCUUUCAGAGACUGGACUUCUCGGCUGUGUUAUUGGCAAUCGGGGAGCAGACCGCAGACAUGAAGGCGGCACUGGCUGAGCAGCGUGGUCACGUGACUGGCAAGCUGCAGUCCCUGCAGCAACAGCUGCAAGGACUGCAAGGACUGGAGCCUGGAUCGGCUGCGGCCGUGAGAGACAGACCGACCGGGACCGGGCAAGACAUGGACUUCUCGGAAGUCUUGGCGGCCAUUAGAUCUGCCUGCCAAGCAGCCGGGCCUCAGAUGGAUCUAUCUGAGGUCUUGGAUGCAAUCAGGGCAGUUCCUGCACAGGUGGAUCUCUCGUACGAGUUUUCUGCUGUCCUGACCGCAAUCCAAGACAAGCAGCCAGAUCUCGACCUUCCAGCAAUCCGCUCCCUUGUCAGCGACAGCAAGCAGGAUAUCCUUUUCCAGCUGGAAGACGUGAGGAGUCUCAUCCGCUCGCAGGCUCAGCUGGAAGUGUCCCGAUCACCAUCGAGAAGACCUCAACCGGGCAAGGACGGGGAUCUUUCAACGAUCCUGACAGCAAUCAAGGACCAGAAGGUGUCCAUCGACUUCUCCGUGGCACAAGUCCUGAACAACAUUCAGCAGAAGCAGCAAGAAGCAAUCGAUCGGAUGGAGAAGACAGAGAAGCAGCUGGACCAUCUCAAGGAGGGUCUGCAGAAGCUCAAUGGCCAGGAGCUGCGGCCACGGAGUGCGACGGCGAACCCUGCACCCUGCUCUCCACGGUGUGGGCGUUUCAAUGCGCAGCAGUGGCUUCAGCUUCCCGGCGCGCCCUGGAUCCCCCCUGGCAUCCUCGGCCUCGACGAGUUGAACCGCCGCGAGUGA